AUGCCAAUUGCCCCCAACUCCCUGGAUGCCCCGAUCCUUAUGAUAGUGAUUCUCACCGUCAUCUGUGUCGUCAUUCUCUACGCCAUGGGCAUCUGGCUCCUGGUGCACCGCCUGCGGGGUACCGAUCCAGAGCUGCCGCGCUUGCUCCUUCUUCGCCGCAGCAGCGACGAGGAGCAAGGCCAACUCUACGAUUUUGGCGACCUCAUCAGCAUGAUGCUCGCCCGCCAUCGUGGGCGCCGGGAGAGGCAGUUUCAGGCCCAGCUGCGCGCCGCGGGUCGAAGGGUUGGAGAGUUUGGGCCGAACGAGACGACACCGCUUUUGUCUGAUCAGCGGCGGCAUUAG